AAGUGGUGUGUGGUCAAACCUCUCCCUCUAGUGGUGUUCAGCGGUGACUGCACCUCUGUCAGAAUUCUCCACACCCUCUCAAUGCUGUUUAAUGGCUAGUUGAGAGAGAAAGAGACAAAGAAAAUGCUUAGAGAAAGAGAGCGAAUGAGAUGUGUGAUAUAAUUAUCGUUCAAACUCAAUGUUGUAGCGGUUGGCCCCCACCAGGAGGCGUUAGUAAGGAGCGGCUGAAUCAGCUAGUGUGUGACGCGGAGGUGAGGCUUCUGCUCUCUUUUUGUGAUUUGUGAAAGACAGAUGAAGGAAGAAAAGAAAGAAGUGAAGGCCUGGUUCGGUUCGGUUCGGUUUCGCUGGUUUUUAGGUGCUUCGGAUCGGAAAUGAUUGCGUUGGCACGUGUUAUUGCCAGCACAGAGAACUGGAAAUGGUUUUGGCAAAACUUAAGAGGACGAAGCUGAAGAACCUGGAGAAGGAGGAGGCGCGUGUGUGUGGAGCAGAAGGUGGACGUUUGGUCAUGGAGUUAAAGAUCACACUGACGAUCGUGAAGUUGUUGAUGACGAAGAUGCUGUGGACUCUUCCAGGUGAGGGCCAGCGGGUGGAGCUGUCUUCAGCAGAAGUGGAGGUGGUGAAAGGAGACAUGGUGGUUUUCCAGGCCUGGUACAGUCCAAACUCAGACUUUUCCAAAAACUCUGUGGUCUGGCAGUGGACGGGAAACAAAACCAAACAGGUGAUAAACUUCAGCUCAGGUGAGGUGGGUCUGGGUCAGGGGGACUUCGCAGACAGAGUGGGCUUCACUGCGUCCAUGCCCUCUACAAACCUGUCCAUAUACAUCAACAACACGCAGGAGUCAGACUCCGGACGCUAUGUCUGUAGUGUCCUAGUGCCAAGAGGACAGGGUCUGAUCGGAGAGGUCCAGCUCAACGUCAAAGCGCCCCCGUCACCCCCCAUCUGUUCAGUGUCAGGUGACCCCGUGUUGAAGGGGAAUGUGACUCUCAGCUGUAGGUCCACUCAUGGAAAACCACUCCCUCAGUACAAGUGGACCAAGACAGCACCUCACUCAGAGGUUUACUUCUCACCCAUGCAGAAUGAGAGACAAGGCAGUCUGAGGCUGAACAACCUGACCAAUCAAAUGUCAGGGAAGUAUGUGUGUCGAGCUUUUAACAGCGCAGGUUCUGACAGUUGCUCCAUCAGCCUGGAGGUUGUGACCUCAUCGAACACUGGUCUGGUGGCUGCAGCCGCACUGGGCUCCGUUGUCGGCCUCAUCUUCAUGGUUCUGCUGCUUGUCUUCAUCCUCAGACGACAACAACGAAGGCGGGCACGCCCUGAGGAGGAGGAGGAGGAGGAGAUGUCCAACGAGAUCAAAGAGGAUGCUCUGGCUCCACAACGGGUCUCGUGGUCCAAGCACAACACCAGCUCAGACUCCAUAUCCAAGGAUGGGACCAUGUCCUCUGUCACCACUAGUCCUCAGGCUCAUCAGUCAAGGUUCCUCCACCCAUAUUCUCCAGUCUCUGCAUCAGACUCCAGCUCCAUUAUCCAGGCCUACCACCUCAGACCAGGAGGAGACCACACCCUCCAGGGACUUCCUGGUUACAACUCUUCAUCACGUAAACACAAGAGGUUUCCUGGAACAAACGGUGUCCCACCACAGCUCCUCAGGAAUCCCCAUAACCCCCUAUCAGACAAGGCUCUGAGAGUGGAGCUUCCGAUACCUCCUGCCUCUACGACGACUGUCAUGGUGCCGUCUCAACGCCAGUCAGGAUCACUGGUCUGAGGACAAGCCAAUAACCUGGGGCCCUGAUGAAGGAAUGUUGCGUACACACGUUCCGAUGGAUCAAAACCGAGUUGACUGUGGAAGUGUGUGUUUCAAGGCAGCUCCACAGCUGCCCUACGCACAUUUCUACAGCUAUUGUUGUUUUAGCGACACUUAGGGGUGAUGCUGGGAAAUUGUCAAGACAAUCCGUCAUCAUUGGAGUGAUGUGCACAUCAGAGACACACUUCUGAACAGUUAACACACCCAGGUGUGUUAUGGUGUCUGUGGAUAUUGAAGCAAAGUGGUGAAGAAAAUGGUAUUAUCAAUGACUGAUGAUUUUAAAAAUGCUCUGGGCUGAAUGUACAGAAAACACUUCAGUCCUGUUUUUAUGUAUUUGUCAAAUAUACAGUUUGUUCACCCUUCUAUGACUUAUUUUAUAAAUAUGAAAAGGUUUUGUUAUACAUCUUUAUAAAAGAUUCUAAUGUCACUGAUACUACUUUAACUUAACAAGUUCAGGUCAACAGAAGAAAAAAAAUGUUUUUCUGUUUUUAAUUAAACCUUUUCUUUUGUUCAACAGUUUUUGUGUGUUUUAAAGAAUUCAGUUUACUAAUUUCACUGGUUUUGACUGGUACUGGACUAGUUUUGUCUCCCCGACCAUCUGAACUGAUCCGGUUUUGUCUUGUUUGUCUUGGUUCGACCUACAUGACCAAGUCCCUAUGGACAGAAAUAAUGGAACAGAAGAGCAGCGUCGGCAUCAUUAACGGCUGUUAAUGAGGUGACAGCGAGAAGAAAACCUGACGUGUCCCAGAGGAGGAAGACUUUUAUUAGCUGUCAACUGGACUCACAUCUCAGAUCUGUUCAAUGGACCAGAUCCUCUUCCUCCUAACUCCAUCAUCCCUCCCAGGUCCUCGUCUUGAACAGGUCCACCAGGUCUCUGUGGUGGUUGUACAGUGGCAGACAGUCCAGUGACCGAGAGGCACACUGACCCACAAUCCUCAGCCCAGGGAAAAAAGGGGGUUUCCUGAAACACAGAUGAGCUGAUCCACACCAACAAGUAGGCAGUAUUGUACAAACCAAACCAAAACAUCAAGCAGAAUCUGCAGCUCCUUGACCUUAGAUCACAUGACAUCAAUAUAGAAAAAACUGACAGACACCGUUGUUUGACCCACUGCUGCCUCAUCCACUAAGUUCAAAUGUGUUGUUUUGUCAGUCUCCUGUUCUCUUAUACCUUGUUCAGAUUUACUAUAGUGCCACAAACCAACCUCAAGGGGCAGCAGUGGACCAGCAGCUGAUGUGUCUGUGAGCUUAAAUCAUUGAUUUUCUCUAUGACCUUUGGUCUGUGCACGUGGUUUACAAACGUUAGUGUUCUGUCUGGUCGUUUCUUUUCCCAGGAGCUAGGUUCUGAUGACGUUUAUUCCCUACAGUCAUAUUAGGACAGAGCUGAGCUCUCCCAUUAACAAUAAAUAAAAGAAACUGAGACUCAGACUUCAACAUAUUCAAAU